CCCCUGGAUACCAAAUGCGCGUUCCUUCUCGGCUCGCGCGGCCGUCACUGCAACGGCAUACGCUACAAUAACAUUUCAGACCAGAGGCACGGCGCUUGCUUACAAUGAAACACAGGCGGAGGCUGGCAGUGGAACUCUAGCCUGUGGUGCCUGCCAUUUAGACAGAGAGAUGGGUAGAUGACGACCGAGAGCAAUGGAGUCGAGGGCCCGUUGGUAGCAUGAAUGACAGGUAUCACAAGGCGGCCCGGGAUGGCUACCUGGACCUGCUGAAGGAGGCUACGCGGAAGGACUUGAACGCGCCGGAUGAAGAUGGCAUGACACCGACGUUAUGGGCCGCUUAUCAUGGCAACUUGGAGGCUCUGCGACUUAUCGUGGGCAGAGGAGGCAACCCUGAUAAGUGUGACAUAUGGGGGAACACACCUCUCCACCUGGCGGCCGCCAACGGCCACCACAACUGCCUGUCCUUCCUGGUGUCCUUCGGUGCCAACAUGUGGUGCUUGGACAACGACUACCACACGCCCCUGGACAUGGCCGCCACCAAAAGCCACAUGGACUGUGUCCGCUACCUGGACUCCAUCGCCGCCAAGCAGUCGGCCCUCAACCCCAAGCUGGUGGGGAAGCUGAAGGAGCGGGCUUUCCGCGAGGCCGAGAGGAGGAUUAAGGAGUGUGUGAAGCUGCAGCGGAAGCACCACAAGCGUAUGGAGCGCAAGUUCCACAAAGAGGCAGCGUCGGAGCAGUCCAUGUCAGACGCCAUGAGCUUCACCAGCUACACAAGCAGCUCAGUGAGCCGCAAGCUGCACCACCUAAACACCACCACUGUCAGUGUGCCAUACUCUCAGGCUACGCUUCACGCCACAACCCGAGGCAAGACCAAGAUCCAGAAGAGGUUGGAGAAGAGGAAGCAAGGGGACGGGACCUUCAAGAUCUACGAGGACGGCAGGAAGAGCGUGCGCUCCCUCUCGGGCCUUCAGCUGGGCAACGAUGUCAUGUUCCUUAAACAGGGAACCUAUGUCGGCCCUCGGGACCGCGCAGGGCGCCGCGGCAACCUCCGAGACAUAUUCCACGGAGACGCCAACGACGACGCCAUCUCUCGUGCCAUCAGCGAGCCAGACUUGUCUUACCGGCCCGACAUGGAAUACUCUGAGGUCAGCACCGACUCGGGCCACGACUCUCUCUUCAACCGGCCCGGUCUGGGAACCAUGGUAUUCCGACGCAACUAUAUCAGCGGUGGCCUGUUCGGCAUCGGCGGGCGUGACGAGGGGAGCCUCAGCGGAGGAACCGAACGGGCUGGCAGCACCAACGUGCGGCUGCGCAGCCGGCUGCGGCGUUCGCCCAGCCUGGACGAUGGGGGGGACAGCAUCGGCAGUGCCAGCAGCCUCCGGGAAAGGAACCGCCAGGAGCUUCCCUGGGACGAGCUGGAGCUGGGGCUGGAUGAUGACUUCGAGGCCGUGACCAGCCCGUUGGAGGUGUUCUUGGCUGCGCAGACCAUGGGCGAGUUCCUCACCGUCUUCAGGCGGGAGAAGAUUGACCUGGAGGCGCUGCUGCUGUGCUCGGACCAGGACCUCAAGAGCAUCCACAUCCCCCUGGGACCCAGGAAGAAAAUCCUAGAUGCCUGCAAGAGACGUCUGGAGACUCUUGAGGACCCUGACUACAUCGAGGACACCCUGCUGUGAAUGGUGAAUGACACUUUUGGAUCUGAAGAUGCUGUGUAGGCAGAAAGGAGGACAUUGUUAAGAUAAACAUCUCAGUGAACAAAAGAAGACAAGUAAAAUACAGAAACCUGAGCUUUCUAUGGACUUUGUAAAUGAAGGAGAAGAGCUGAAGAAAUCUGAAAGGUAUUUUGGAUCGUUCCAGCUUCAUCAGAGUGAGUUCUAGAAGUCCACUUCCCUGUUUCCAAUUUUAAUGAUCUAAAGACACUGUUGACCGUUUUAAUUAACUAAACGACACUGUUGACGGUUUUAAUGCACUAAAAGACACUGUUGACCCUUUUAAUGAUCUAAAUGACACUGUUGACCGUUUUAAUGAACUAAACGACACUGUUGACGGUUUUAAUGCACUAAAAGACACUGUUGACCCUUUCAAUGAACUAAAUGACACUGUUGACCGUUUUAAUUAACUACAGAGGACCUUGCUGCUUCCGUGAAGGACAGAGAGCUGUGGCAUGCCAUCUUUUGGAGCAUUGCGUCACCAUACGCAGUCAGCCAAAGACUGCCUGGAUCUGUAUCCACAGAACACAGUGUUGAUGUGCAGCAGUGUUCUUGUAUGUCAUGUGGCACAGUGUACAGAGAGAAGAACAAGGAGGUGUGGCCUGCCCCCCUCCAACACCUCUCUGUCUGACCCCAAUACGUUGGCCCCUGUGGGGCAUGUUAGAUACCGUACUACCAUCCCCUGAGACUGUGUUCCUGGUGUCAGAGACUGGUGUCAGUACAUGGGGCAUGUUAGAUACCGUACUACCAUCCCCUGAGACUGUGUUCCUGGUGUCAGUACAUGGGGCAUGUUAGAUACCGUACUACCAUCCCCUGAGACUGUGUUCCUGGUGUCAGUACAUGGGGCAUGUUAGACACCGUACUACCAUCCCCUGAGACUGUGUUCCUGGUGUCAGUACAUGGGGCAUGUUAGAUACUGUACUACCAUCCCCUGAGACUGUGUUCCUGGUGUCAGUACAUGGGGCAUGUUGGAUACCUUACUACCAUCCCCUGAGACUGUGCUCCUGGUGUCAGUACAUGGGGCAUGUUAGAUACCGUACUACCCUCCCCUGAGACUGUGUUCCUGGUGUCAGUACAUGGGGCAUGUUAGAUACUGUACUACCAUCCCCUGAGACUGUGUUCCUGGUGUCAGUACAUGGGGCAUGUUGGAUACCUUACUACCAUCCCCUGAGACUGUGUUCCUGGUGUCAGUACAUGGGGCAUGUUAGAUACUGUACUACCAUCCCCUGAGACUGUGUUCCUGGUGUCAGUACAUGGGGCAUGUUAGAUACCGUACUACCAUCCCCUGAGACUGUGUUCCUGGUGUCAGUACAUGGGGCAUGUUAGAUACCGUACUACCAUCCCCUGAGACUGUGCUCCUGGUGUCAGUACAUGGGGCAUGUUAGAUACCGUACUACCAUCCCCUGAGACUGUGUUCCUGGUGUCAGUACAUGGGGCAUGUUAGAUACCGUACUACCAUCCCCUGAGACUGUGUUCCUGGUGUCAGUACAUGGGGCAUGUUAGACACCGUACUACCCUCCCCUGAGACUGUGUUCCUGGUGUCAGUACAUGGGGCAUGUUGGAUACCUUACUACCAUCCCCUGGGCCUGUGUUCCUGGUGUCAGUACAUGGGGCAUGUUAGAUACCGUACUACCAUCCCCUGAGACUGUGUUCCUGGUGUCAGUACAUGGGGCAUGUUAGAUACCUUACUACCAUCCCCUGAGACUGUGCUCCUGGUGUCAGUACAUGGGGCAUGUUAGAUACCGUACUACCAUCCCCUGAGACUGUGUUCCUGGUGUCAGUACAUGGGGCAUGUUAGAUACCGUACUACCAUCCCCUGAGACUGUGUUCCUGGUGUCAGUACAUGGGGCAUGUUAGAUACCGUACUACCCUCCCCUGAGACUGUGUUCCUGGUGUCAGUACAUGGGGCAUGUUAGAUACUGUACUACCAUCCCCUGGGCCUGUGUUCCUGGUGUCAGUACAUGGGGCAUGUUAGACACCGUACUACCAUCCCCUAGGCCUGUGCUCCUAGUGCCAGUGCAUUUGUUAAGGACAGGAUUUUUACAUACAUGAGCAUAUGGUUAUUUGUUUGUAUUUGUUGAUUAAUCCAUUAGACAGAGGCCGGGAUUCAAUACAAGAUGUGUUAUAACGCUGUGCACCAUAACAGGUUUUUAAAGGUCAUUUACUCUUUAGUCUGUAUACGCAGCUUUUACAAUGAAUGCGAUCUCCGCGAACUUCUGGGAAAAUGUCUUUACAAAGCACACUGUCGGCUGUAUAGUGAGUGCUAUAACGCGCCUUGCGUAGAAUCCCAGCCAAGGUGUCAAAUCCAUAGUUUUGUAUAGAUACUUCCAUUGUUGAUGGAGAUAAUGUAUCAAAUUUGUAGGGUGGUUACGAGUCAUAGUCAGGCUGCCUCCAAUUCGCUACAAUAUUACCAUUAUUUGUGCAUUACCAGUUCUUUGCUAUUAAGGCAUUUUUUUUGUACCUGUUGAUUGGUUUGGCUCGGGUCAUUCAUCUUCAUUCAUUGUUCCAUUUUGUACCAGUACAUUUGUUUACACACAGUAUGCCAGGUCAACCACUUUCAGUUUGGUUCACUGAUAAAGGAGGCCAAUUAAUUUUUUUCAUUGAAAGUUGACGCUAUGUGAGAAUGUUCAACUAAACACGUAUUGGGUGGAUUUUUUAAUGUUUCGAUAGGUAAACCUCACACACAGUUAAAUCCAUUGUCAUAGUUAUUUUUCUGAUGAUUUUCUGAUGCAGUAUAUAGAUGUCAUGAUGUCAUCCUCCUAAGGAGGAUGAGCUGGCCAAUCAGCGGUCUACUAGCAUUCCUAUUUUUAAUGAUGGGUAUAUGGCCACACCGUUUUGUUGUUGGGGUACGGCCGCACCAUUCCAACACAGAAAAGCUGCAUCAUUGGAGAAGGAAAAGUAUAUUCACUCAUUAUAUUGUCAUUCAUUAUAGGGGCGGCAGGGUAGCCUAGUGGUUAGAGAGUUGGACUAGGAACCGAAAGGUUGCAAGUUCAUAUCCCCGAGCUGUCAUUCUGCCCCUGAACAGGCAGUUAACCCACUGUUCCUAGGCUGUCAUUGAAAAUAAGAAUUUGUUCUUAACUGACUUGCCCAGUUAAAAAAUAGGUCCUGUUUCAUAGAAACCUGGAACACUGGAUUUUAUCAAUUUCAUGAAACUGCACAAGUCUUCAAUUGUAGGCAGGUAUUCUGCUUUUUCUCAUGGUUAUGUGCCUCUUUCUGUACGAGGAUGUCAUUUCUGGAAACUAUUUCUGUCCAUUUAGAUUAAAGGACCCGUUUUGUCUGAAGAGCACCCAUAGAGGCUAAAAGUUCUCUAUUGCCUCUAACCAUCACUGUAGUCUUCAGUCUGCGCUGUAUGUCUAUGGAAUGUUCUGUAUGUCUCUGUUCUGAUCAUGUGACGAAGUCUUCCCAAUAAUAUUGUAUGUGUCAUUGGUUUUGGUGGUGGAUUUUAUCAGAUGCACAUGAAACCUAAACAAUGUCCAACAAUGUCCACAUUGAAUGCCUCAUUUUUUUAAAGAUCAAACAGUGUUUUUAAAUAAACAAAUCUACUAAUA